AUCAGAACGAAGAAAGAGAGACGCAGGAAAAUAGAUUUCUUUUGGUUGUGGAUCCCACUUGCUGAUGUCGGCCAUUAUCUUUUAAAUUUUUUUGCUGUUCUUGUCAUUACAAGAGAAAAGCCUGAGGAGAGGAAAGAACAAAAGCUACCUCUUGUUAGAGAUGAGGAACACAGAGCUCAUCUUCAUCCCAACACCAACCGUUGGUCACCUCGUUCCGUUUCUUGAACUUGCUAGGCGUCUCAUCAACCAGGACGAUAGGAUCCGUAUCACAGUCCUCGUGAUGAAGCUCCAAGGUCAGUCUCAUCUGGACACCUAUGUUAACUCAAUUGCCUCGUCUCUGCCCUUUGUUAGAUUCAUUGAUGUCCCUGAGCUAGAAGAUAAACCAACACUUGGCAGCACUCAAUCUGCGGAAGCCUUCGUAUACGACUUCACUGAGAGAAACAUCCCUCUAGUGAGAAACAUAGUCAUUGGUAUGUUAUCGUCUCCUUCACUCGAUGGAGUUAAGAUGAAGGGAAUAGUCGCUGAUUUUUUCUGUCUCCCAAUGGUUGACGUUGCAAGAGACGUAACUCUCCCUUUCUAUGUGUUUUUGACUACAAGUUCCGGGUUCCUAGCUAUGCUGCAGUAUCUAGCAGAUAGACAUAGUAACGAUACAUCGGUUUUUGUAAGAGAUUCCGGAGAAAUGCUAUCGAUUCCUGGCUUUGUAAACCCUGUUCCAGUCAAUGUUCUCCCGACAGCUCUGUUUAUGGAAGAUGGUUAUGACGCUUACGUCAAACUUGCCAUGUUAUUUAACAAAACCAAUGGAAUACUAGUGAAUAGCUCCAUUGAUAUUGAGCCUUACUCCGUGAAUCAUUUUAGUAGUGAAAAGAGUUACCCUCCUGUUUAUGCUGUUGGCCCUAUAUUUAACCCCAAGGCCCAGCCUCAUCCGCAUCAGGACCUUGGGGGUCGCGACGAGCUGAUGAAAUGGCUUGAUGAUCAGCCCGAGGAUUCAGUUGUGUUCCUUUGUUUUGGGAGUAUGGGGAGGUUAAAGGGUCCUGUAGUGAAGGAAAUAGCUCAUGGACUUGAGCUUUGUCAGUACAGAUUCAUCUGGUCACUCCGGGCAGAGGAUGAUUCUUUGCCUGAGGGGUUCCUUGACCGUGUCAAAGGACGGGGAAUGGUAUGCGGUUGGUCUCCUCAGGUGGAAAUAUUGGACCAUAAGGCAGUGGGAGGUUUUGUUUCUCACUGCGGAUGGAACUCUAUAGUAGAGAGUUUAUGGUUUGGUGUGCCGAUCGUGACGUGGCCGAUGUAUGCAGAGCAACAGCUCAAUGCGUUUCUGAUGGUGAAGGAACUGAACCUCGCGGUGGAGCUGAAGCUUGAUUACAGGGCACGUAGGGAUGAGCUUGUGAGUGCAAACGAGAUAGAUGCAGCUAUUCGUUGUGUGAUGAACAAGUAUGAUGGUUUAUUGAGAAAGAGAGUGAUGGAUAUCUCUCAGAUGGUGCGGAGAGCCACGUUGAAUGCUGGAUCUUCGUAUUUGACUACUGAGAAAUUCAUACAGGACGUGAUAGGAGUCAAGCCAUAGACUUUUUUUCUCGCUAUGUAAUCUUGUUUAUGUUAUGGUCCUAUGGAUUUGCUUACUUUUGAACGUUGUUCCUCUCGUUGAGGUUUAAACAUUCAUUAGUCGUCUCAUGCAUGAA